AGGAGUAUGGAUUGUACUAUGUGACGUGUGUGAGCGAGAUGUGAUUUGAGUGUUUUGAUUUUAUCAAAAAUAUAAAACUGAUUUAAAAAGGAUUCAAUUAGUUUAUUAAGAAAUAGUUAUUAUUUUAAGUCUAAUUUAGUUUUUGAUAGUAUUCCUAAAACUAAGUUAAUUGACCUAAGGGAUUCUUAUAUUCCUAAACAAGAAAUUGUUGAUGACUUACAUUUAGUAUUAUUUCAAGUAAACUAUACAUGAUAAUAUUGUAAAAUGGGUGACAAGGAGGAUUAUUUGACUUCGUAUCGAGUGUUCUUUGAAAAUUUUGCGGCUACUGUGGAUCCAGAAGAUCAAUUGCCCGUGAACAUCGCGGGAUACACAAUUACAGAGGCGGAGUUACCGGGAGAAGUGAUAUACUGGACCACACAGUAUCUAAGCGAAAAACAAUGUCCUCUAACAUUGAUGGCACCACUGCAGCGGAUCAUACUUGAUGAAGUACGCGUUGCAUCUAAGAAGCAUCCCAACGAAUUUGGAUUUAAUUCUGAUGAUUCAGAGUAUAUAGCCCUCCGACUAAUGCAAGCUGUGACGGCACGCGUCAACGACGUGUGUUUAAGAUAUUUGGACAACGCCCGCCUCGACACACUCCCGCCCCCGCCCCCGCCAUCAAUGAGGGAGUUCAAAAUUGCCUCGUCUGCCACGAAGAAUGGACGAAGAUGUAUGGAGGAUAGACAUGUUGAAUUUGGCAAUCUUGAAGCCUUGUUUGGAAUUGAGACGACGGAGCCGACGAGCUUUUAUGCAGUGUACGACGGGCACGCGGGCUCCGCGGCGGCGACGUACUGCGCGGCGCACCUGCACCAGUACCUGGUCGAGAGCCCGCACUUCGCCACGGACCUGCGGCGAGCCACGCACGACGCCUACCUGCGGACGGACGCCGAGUUCGUGAGGAAGAGUAACAUGCAGCGCGCGCCGGGCGGCAGCACGGCGGUGUCGGUGGCGCUGCGCGGGCGGCGCCUGCUGGCGGCGUGGGCGGGCGACUCGCUGGCGCUGCUCGCCAAGCGCAUGCGCCUCAUGCAGCUCGUCAACCCGCACAAGCCCGACCGACCGGAUGAACGAGAACGAAUAGAGUCGACGGGAGGCUCCGUUAUGUACUGGGGCACGUGGCGAGUCAACGGACAGCUGGCUGUUUCACGAGCUAUUGGUGACGCUAAAUACAAACCGUACGUGACCGCUCGCCCCGACAUCGCUGAAGUUGAUCUUGACGGAGACGAAGACUUCGUUGUCGUUGCUUGUGAUGGCCUCUGGGACGUCGUCAGCGAAGACAUCGUCGCUUUGUCCGUUUACAAGCAACUAAUGAUUGAUCCAGAAAGUUUCGCUUGAAACUUAAAGAAGACAGAGCUCCUACUAUUGUGGACGUGGUAACUUAGGCGCCC